AUGUCAAAACUGUCAGUGAAGACCAACGACAAUGUCACAUUAUGUGUUUUGGUAUCCGAUGAAAAUCCAGAACUAAAAUUUAUACUUCUAGAUAAUGAACCUUUAACAUUGGGUAGAACACAACAGACUGGAAUAGUCGAUCAAAGAAUGUCGAAAAAUCAAAUGAAAUUUGUUGCUGACUAUUCUACGGCUCGUGUAUUGGUUGAACAAUUAGGUAGCAACAGGUCAGCUGUUAACAACGAAUCUAUGAUAAAAGGGGAAAAGAGACUCUUAAACCAUGGAGACAAAGUGUCAUUGUUGUUUAACAGCAAUUUUACAUAUCAUUUGGAUUUUGUUACACCUCCUACUUAUGGUGUAGACUCCAACAAAAGGACAACUAAUUGUUUAGAUAAAGAAAUUUCACCUAAAAAACCUCGCUCAGAUUCUACAUCUAAAUGGGAAACUAGAGAUGGUACGUUGUUGGUGUAUAAUAGUUCAAAUAUUGUUCAUAAAGAGAAGAUAGCAGCAUUUGAUAUGGAUGGAACACUUAUUGUUACUCAGUCUGGUAAAGUUUUCCCUGUUGAUGAGAAUGACUGGCAAAUUUAUAGCCCAGAAGUUACUACAUCUAUUAAAAAAUUGUCUGAUGACGGUUACAAAAUAGUUAUAUUUACUAAUCAAGGAGGUAUUGGGGUCAAUAAAGUAAAUGAAAAAACAUUUAAAAAGAAAAUUGAAAAUAUUCUCAAAGUGAUUAAAAUACCAGUUCAAGUAUUCAUAGCCACUCGAAAAGAUAUAUAUAGAAAACCUGCUCCAGGAAUGUGGAAUAUAUUGGUUUCUGAUUACAAUGGAGGUUUAUCAGUUGACAUGGAUAAAAGUUUAUUUUGUGGUGAUGCAGCAGGCCGGCCUACUCGUUCUAGUGCUGAUGGAAAACCAAUUAAAAAAGACCACUCGUGUUGCGACCGCUUAUUUGCCAUGAAUAUUGGUCUCAAAUUUUAUACUCCUGAAGAAUAUUUUUUAAAAGAAUCUACUGAAGAAUUGUAUGCAUUACCAGUAUUUAAUCCAAACGAUGUUAUGUCUAAUAUCCUCUACACAGAUUUAACAUCCAAAGCUUUGUUUUCUCCUAAUAAAGAAAUGAUCAUAAUGGUUGGUUGUCCUGGUUCAGGGAAAAGUUAUUUUGCAUCAAAUAAAUUAUUUUGUCAUGACCGAAUGAAAAUAAUUAACAGAGAUACACUAGGCUCAUGGCAAAAAUGUGUUUCUGAGGCUAAAAAAUACUUAAGUGGUGUUAGUUGGAGUGUAGUAAUUGAUAAUACAAAUCCUGAUAUAGAAUCAAGAAAACGCUUCAUUGAUAUAGCUAAAAGUUUAAAAAUCCCAUGUCGAGUAUUUUUAAUGAAUGUAUCCAAAGACCAUGCUAAACAUAACAACAAAUUUCGAGAACUAACUGAUAGAAAACACCAAAAAGUAUCAGAUGCUGUAAUUCAUUCUUACUUUUCAAAAUUCCAAGAACCAUCCAAAAAUGAAGGUAUUGACGAAAUAGUUAAAAUAAAUUUUGUUCCUCAUUUUAAAGAUCCUGAGCAUGAGAAACUAUAUAAAAUGUUCUUGCUCUGA